AUGCGCCGGGGGAGCCCCUCGGGAACGGGGAAAAGCGCUUCUCCUCCUCCGGGCAGCACAGGCUUGCGCUUGCCCGCCGGCGCGGGGCUCGUGAGUCCCGAAGGAGCUACGCGGAGAUCAAAAAGUGCACUUGUGGAGUAUUUGCAGAAAACUGUGGAGAUGACUCUAAAAGCAGAAAAUUUUGAUUUUAUAGCUCCUUAUGAGAGAAUUACUCGUUUGAGGGUGAAAAGAUGCAGUGCAAAGGCUGCAGGAACUGUUUUAGAGAAUAAGAAUUGUCACAGUCAAGUGCAAGACCUCAGUAGUCAAGGUGGUGCAGAGGAUAGAAUUCAAAACAUUCAGGCUGGAAGUGAACACCUGGAAGGUGUUGGGUCCACUCCGGAAAGUGAAGAUUUGAUCAUGAAAAGCAUAAACCCAGAGGACUGUUUGGAAACCAAAAAAAAGGGGGCAGGUAGAAAACGUGUUCAGAAUAAGAAGACUGGGAAGAGCUCAGAAAAGAGGAAUCGAGAUAAUACCCAAAACAAACGACAGAGAAGAGCAUGUAACAAACAGGAAACUGAGUGCGUUCAAAACAAGAAAUUCUGUAGAAAGACAGACAGGUGUGUUGCUGGUAGUCAGGGCGUAGAUGAUCAGAAUGCAGACCCUAUGGAAGCAGGAAAAACUCUGUUAAAAACAGGCAGGUCACGGUCAGACACACGGCUGAGGCCCGUGACAGCUCGCUUGCCAAGGGGGUCUGAGAGCCUAGCAGAGGAGGAACGUGUGGAGACAGGUUCUGAUGACACACCGUCUGCAGAGAAAACCAGUGGAUUGAAAAUAGGGAAGGAGACAGAUCCAGGGAAUCCAGAAGAGUCUAUCCCACGAACACAAGUGGAUAGGAGGAAAACGAGCCCAUAUUUUUCAAGUAAAUACAGUAAAGAAGCUCCCAGCCCACCUAGAAGGAAAGCCUUCAGAAAAUGGACUCCUCCACGUUCUCCUUUUAAUCUGAUCCAAGAAACUCUUUUCCAUGAUCCGUGGAAACUUCUCAUUGCAACCAUAUUUCUCAAUAAAACUUCAGGUAAAAUGGCAAUUCCUGUGCUCUGGGAGUUCCUGAAGAAGUAUCCUUCUCCUGAAAUAACCAGGACUGCAGACUGGAAAGAAAUGUCGGAGCUGCUCAAACCUCUCGGCCUCUACGAACUCAGAGCAAAAACUAUCAUCAAGUUCUCGGGUGAGUACCUGAGCAAGCAGUGGAAGUACCCCAUCGAGCUGCACGGCAUCGGGAAGUACGGGAACGACUCCUACAGAAUCUUCUGUGUCAACGAGUGGAAGGAGGUACAGCCGCAGGACCACAAGUUGAACGUGUAUCACACGUGGCUCUGGGAGAACCGGGAGAGACUGAGCAUCGCGUGAGGCAGAGCCGGCCCCGCUGGCCCUGCCCUGGGCCUCGCCUCGCCAACCGCUUCCUUGAGCGCUGGUGCCACGCGCCCAGCUCAGGGCAGCGUUGCAGGGAAAUGUUUAAAAUCUCUGUAUUUUUUUUUUUUUUUUUUUUAAUAAACCCAUCCAAGUUGUUUA